AUGGUCAUUGAGCAGCUGACCAAAGUGGCCCCCUACUUAAUCCCCGUCCUCGUCACAAAGGCCUCCGGUACUCUCAUUGAUCCCCCUACCGAGCAUAUCUGCAAAGGUCGCGAGAUCAUGGUUACCGAGAACCCUGCUAUUCAUCUGGUCUGGUACUAUAAUUCUUUGUAUCUAAAGCAUAUUCCACAUUUUCUGCUCAACUAUAAGUUUUGA